AUGACGGAUGGUGGCAAACGAAAGGCCGCAGGGGCUGGCUUUUCACACGCCGAUUCUGAGACCCCCAAAGCAUCAAAUACGCCUCAUGCCUACAGCGCAGCAUCUGACAAUAUGAACGGCGAAGGCUCAAAACCCUUGGUCUCGCAAAACUGGAACGUGGCUGAAUCCAAAUCGUCUCGGAAGAAAAGACGCAAAAUUGAGCGAGAUCCAGAUGGCGAUCCCAGCAUCAGCUUCUACAAGUCAAGACCCGAACGUGUUGAGCUCACGGCGUUACAAGGCCUUGUCCUCUAUAUUCUGGCGGAUGGCGUCGCACCAACUUGGCUGGCUGUGAAGAACGUUAAGCAGAUCAAGAAGGUGGUAGUCUUGAUGGUUCCCGCCCUCGAUCAGACGAUGCUGGAGGACUCUGGCCUAUGGAACGACAUAUCAGAAGACGGCGAGACAACUGAUAGAACCAAACCCGACAAGUCAUCCUCGGGUCACGAUUCUGCUUCUCAAGAUCAAAACUCACGCUCAACCGACACUUCAUCCAUCCAAUCACUACCAGAAGCUGCCCCCAAGCUUUCAUCAGACCAUCAGUCUCCAGGAGGCAUGAGAGAUAGUCUCCUACAACACAUUGUCGAAGUGCGUGCCCCUGGAGAUUCACGCAUGAGCAGAGUCCACUCGCCGCUUCAGGGCAUGCUCAUCGCGCCCUUCUCGGAAGCUUCGAAGCAGAAAGCUCAGAACAGCAAGGACGACAAGUCUUUCUAUGGGGGCCGCACUCCCAUUGUGGACUUCAUCCAUACACUCAAUCAACUUCAAGAAGCAGAAUAUCCGAUUCACCCUGCGGUAUUUACGGAUCCGAAAGAUGCGCAACUGGAGAAGGAGCGAAGAGAGAGGACGGGCCAAUCUGCCUCGUCAGGCUGGGUCGACACCGAUGUCUCUGUCUUUCGGCCCCGCGUCCUGCCUUCUUCUAAUCCCCCCUUGGACUUCGACUUCUUGACGUCAAAUCUGAAAAUCUACGCACUGGAUUGCGAGAUGGUUCUUACAAGCGAUGGGAAACAUUCCCUUGCGCGCGUCUCUCUCCUUGAUUGGACCGGCAAAACUGUGAUGGACAGCUACGUCAAGCCAACGCUUGCUAUCAAGGACUACUUCACAGAAUUCUCUGGCAUAACCGAGAAAAUCCUUGAAAAUGUCACGACGACGUUGGAAGACAUUCAGAAAAAGUUGCUCGACAUCUUAAAACGGGAUACGAUCCUCCUUGGCCACAGUCUCGAAUCUGAUCUCAACGCGCUAAAAAUGACGCAUCCUUUUGUGAUUGACACAUCGAUCAUCUACCCACACCCGCGUGGUCUCCCCUUACGCUCAUCCUUGAAAUUCCUAGCAAAACGCUAUCUCAAACGGGAGAUUCAAAAGGGUGGAAUGAACGGGCAUGACAGCGUGGAAGACGCCAGAGCCGUAUUGGAUCUGGUAAGGCUGAAGUGUGAGAAGGGGGCUCUGUGGGGGACUUUAGAUGCCAACGGCGAGAGCAUCUUCCGCAAGAUUGGAGGGACGCUGAAGAUGGAUGCCGACGAAGAGAUUGUGUUGAAGACAACAGCCAUGGUGGAGUAUGGGACACCGGAGAGGGGACUGGGACGAGAUGCAACGUACAAGAUUGGUUGUUCGAAUGAUGAGGAGAUUGUGCAGGGCGUUUUCAGGGCUGCUUAUGGAGAUUCGCUUGAGGAGGCGACAGUUGCAGAAGGUGGUAGUGAAAAUGGUGCUGAACUGAAGCACGCAGGCCAUGAUGGAGAAUCAGCGCCUCAAGGACCCGAUCAGGCCAUUCCGGUGGGCGGCGCUGAUUUCAUUUGGGCUCGACUUCGCGACCUCGAAGCCGCACGAGGCUGGAAUACCCUCCCCAGCGACAACCCCAGCGCACCUACGUCUUCGUCUGCUCUCGGCCCGCCCUUACCGAGCGACCAAGCAGACCAUAUCCGAAGCGCUAUGCGGCAAACCCUCCAACGCAUCCAUCAAAUCUAUGCCAACCUCCCAAGUCGGACACUGCUCAUGGUCUACAGUGGUACUGGUGACAUGCGUCCCCUUUUACGGCUGCAAAAUCUUCAGGCUCAAUACAAACGGGAGUUCAAGGUCAAGAACUGGGAUGAUCUCUCGGUGAAAUGGACGGAUGUCGAGGAGCAGCAGAUGAAGAAGGCUUGUGAGAAAGCGAGACGGGGGGUCGGGAUCCUGGCACUUCGAAAAUGA